AUGGAGCACAGGACUCGAAGAGAACGGAAAUUCGAUGAAGUAGAGAGCGGUUUACCCAACAUCAAGAUGACCCCCGCCUUCGAACGCCGUCUCAGUAUAGCUACAAGGCUCCUCUCAUACCUAGGCCCUCACAACCCUGCCCCUCAUCCGAUCACGGCGAAUGAUGAAGUAUGGCUCUUCGACAACACCGCAUAUCGAUCCGUGGACAAUCAGUGGCGGGCAGAGUUUGUUACGGCGGAAUUUGAUCAGAGGACAGGACAGGAAGUGAGCAGUGCGGUUGCGGAUGUGGCGGAGAAUAUUGGCCUUGCAAAGGAUGAUGCUGCAGAAGCUACAAUCCAAGAACGGCUUAUGCCAUUUGUACAGGCGGUGUUGCCAGGGCGAGUUGUUCGCACAGACUUUGGGGGUAGAAAAGAGCUGAAGCUUGGACCGGGGGGCAGAAAUGGCAUCAGCAGCGACAACAGAGGACUUCCCGAGUUUAGAAAUGGAGAGAUUGUCUCUAGCGUGGCAAAAGUGCCAACAGGAACGACUGGGAUCCUCAAAAUGAAUACAGUGUUUGCAGAGUCUGAGGGCUGGGGUCUGAUUUCUGACGUUGACGACACGAUUAAGGUUACAAUGACCUCAGAUCCUAUUGGUAUCCUACGCUCAACCUUCGUCUCCGAAGCCACUCCCGUACAAGGCAUGCCCGAGCUUUACUCCUUUAUACAAACAACGCUAUCUCCGUCGGCGCCAUUCUUCUACCUCUCCGCAUCGCCCUACAAUCUCUACAUGUUUCUCCGUAAUUUCCGUGAAAAAUUCUACCCUGAGGGAACUAUAAUCCUCCGAGAUGCAAAUUGGAUGAACCUCUCCGGCCUACUCUCGAACCUCACUCUCGGUACUGAAGCCUACAAAGUUGAUCGAAUGGAGAAGAUCAACUCAUGGUUGCCCAAACGAAAGAUGAUUUGCAUUGGUGACUCUACUCAAACUGACCCUGAAGCGUACGGCGAAAUAUAUCGCAAUCAUGAUGGCUGGGUUAGGUUAAUCCUCAUUCGCAAGGUCACAGAUAUCGCCGCCGUUGGACUCCAAGAGAAGAAUGAUCCGGAACGCUUCGAAACAGCGUUCAAAGGAAUUCCUUCCGAUGCCUGGCACGUUUUCGAGACGGCUGAGGAGUGCUACCAGAUUAUUAAGGACGUCGUUGCGAGGAAUCCUUGAAGGAACCUUGUUUAUGGGCAUGAUUUAAGUUGUAGCCUUACUAGUGUCUAAGGAGGGCGGGCCGGUCCCCAGGCCCAAUUUUGGGUCCCCAAAUUUGUGGGGAACUUGACAGCGGACCGGACCGGGGACCCCAAUACGGGAAGAAGAGUCUAGGUGCAGAAACCACAGUGUAUGAAUGCCUAGAUGGCAGGCUGGGACUGUCUCCCAGCAGACUCACAGAUCAUACAGAAUUGAUUUAAUCGCCC